AUGUUCACCUGUCCUGGCUCUUGCGGAGGAGGAUACCAACAUGGAGAUGAGAUCUCCCCAUAUCCAGAAGGAGCCACCUCAAUAACCGAGCGUAGAACAUCAACUCCAUCAACGUCCAAUGUGAACAACGAUGGCUCUCCAGCAAGCAGCGCGAUGUCACCUCCAUCCCCAGCAGCUCCUGGUACUGUACAGUUUGAAGAUGGUGUUCCUUGUUUGCGGCGGAAUGUGCAUGCUGUGUCGGCUGAAACUGAUCGUACAACACUGGGCUUCGAAUUGAACGAACAACGAAAAUCAAGCGAACCGAUAACCCAUCGUCGAUCAUUUCUUCCAAAGAUGAAUGUUCGAAAAUCGCACAGCAGUGAUCCACAUAUGACAUCUGGGGAGUCGAAAGAAGUUAUGGAAACACAAAAGAAGCGAAAAACGCAAAGUGCAAGUGCUCGCUGGGAAGCGACGAAUCUGGAGUUGAAAUUACCGCCUGGUCUGGAGAAACACUGUCCAUCAUCUUCACUAGCUGACAUUUACGGCGAUCCCACUAAAGCACCUCGUUAUGGAAUCGAAGAACUAUUGCGAAAUGCGCACACGUCUCACAUUGUACGUGAUUUUUACAACGAAAGACGCCGUGCUCUUCCAACGAGAGGUGAACCUGUUGAAGCAGCCCCAGAAGGCCGUCCUGAAGCUUCUGGUCCAGCGUUGAUCCGAAGAAGGCUGGAUGAACAUGUACACGUGUUCCCACUGAUCGAAGUCGAUCGCGCUUUCAAAAACGAGAGCAUGCCUCCUGGGUUUAAGGUUAUCAUUAUAACCAGAUGUAUACACUCACAAGAUCCUAUAGCUCAAGAAAAAGCUGAAACAGCGCUCGCCGACGCACGUCGUGUGGCUGCAAAACACGAAGAGGAGAAGCAGAAUAAGCAUAAGAAGACUAUAAACUGUCCUCCUGCAAAUGUUCCUAUAGUUGGUGCGGGACCACUUCGUACAGCAACAUCAUGGCCGAAAUGUCCUCUUCAAGUGGAGCAAUCGUCCUCUUCGUCGCUGGGUACUAGUGUAGCAUUUCCUGCCAAACCGGAGCAAUGGGACCAUACUGCCAGUAGCAGUAGUAGCAGUGUAAGCGACUGUGCUGACGAAACAGACGAACGUGUUCUGCAUAUGUCGGGUUUGAAAGUUAGAUGUGAUGCGGGUAUAGUUUUUGGCAAUUCUACCGAUACCCGUGAAAACGGCGCUAUCGCUGGAGGGAACUCAUCGGCGAGUGACUCAAGUGGUGAUUUGACAUCAGCGAUGGAUUCCACAUGUGGAGACUCCCAACCAGGUGCAUCUCCGCUGCCUUACCCUCAAGCAGUGGGAAAGAUGUAUCUAGGUGAUAGUGACAGUGCUGUUACCAAAUCACCGCGCGCUAAAAGGCCUCUAUUCUCGUAG